UGCACACCCUGAACAGUUUCUUUCACUAUCAGCAGAAACAUCAAAUUAGAGGAAGUGAGAGGAAGUCCAACCAAAUGCUUACCAUAGAAGCCAAGUAGAAGUCAGUGAUAUAGCAUCAGAUAAAUUCUGAAAGAUGUUUUGCUCUCAGCUUGCAUGAUUGGACAUGCAAAUUUUUUGAAUUGAGAUUUUUUAAAUCUGACUUUAGUUGGGGAGGAAGGGUGUAUGCUAUAAACUGCUAUAAGUGGAUCCUCUGAGACUGAAGUGCUACUUAAAGAUGAACGCACGGACACUUGGGUGCUUGGUGUUCCUGGCAGUAAUAAAAGAGCUUUCCUGUAACGCCCCCUUCAAACUAGGAGGAAGUCCACUGACUGCUAUAGAGGGGUCCUGCAUUGAAAUCCAGUGCAGGGUAACUGGGGUUGUCAAUGUUGAUGGUGCACACUGGUUUUGGAUCAAGGAUGCAAAAUACAAUGAAUCAAAGAAAGAUUUUGUGGGCACUGUAAUUUACAGCUCAAAUAGCUCAGUACGUCCUGUGAGUGGAGACUAUGCUGGCAGGGUGAAUUAUACUGGCUCACACUCUACAACUUGGAUGCCGUUCUCAACAAAGUCACUGUGCAGCAUUUUAAUCUGCAACCUGAGCAAAUCUGACAAUGGGAAUUAUUCUUUCAGAUUUGCAGAACAAACUAAAGCUAACAAAUGGAAAACUGAACCAGAUUUGGUCCUAACAGUAACAGAGAACCUAUGUCCAAUCACUUUUGAGAAACCACCUGUUGUAAAUGAAUCCAGAAUGAUCUCACUCAGAUGCUCCACUCUAAGUUCGUGUCCUUCAAACCUCAAAAUUGAAGGAUUGCCAAGUGAGCCCUUCGCACCAGAUUUACAUAAGGAGGGAAACCAGAAAAUUGUGUCAAAACAAAUUUCAGCGAACUGGCAGGAUGAUGGGAAAGAAUUAUCAUGUCAAACAAAAGAUAACAAGGAUGCCUAUUUGAUCCGGAAAAUCAGUUUGACUGUUGAAUAUGCUCCAAAGGAAACACAAGGAAGACGUUUUCCAGUCGAUGGCACAGUCACGGAAGGUCAAUCUGUUACUCUCAAUUGCUCGGCCAAAGGACAUCCUGAUCCCACUUUUACCUGGUUUAAAACGGAACAAAAUCAUCAAGGGCAUCCAGGGGCAGAAUGGAAGUUCAGCUCAAUACAUGGCUCAGAUAGUGGAGUAUACCACUGUGAAGCUGAAAACAAACAUGGCAAACUAAAGUCACAGCCAGUCAGGAUUGAUGUUCAGUGUGAGCACUCCCUAUGUUCAUUCGUGAAUUACUUUCUCUCAAUUCAGUUUUGUCUCAAAUUUCAAUACAAAUGUUUCUUUUAUAUUUAGCUGUGGCAUUUUUGUACAAGCC